UAAUUCAGUCAGUUGCAAGCCUCUAUGCAGAGCAGACGUGCUUUACUUAACAUGGCGAGGUUUUCUCUGCAUGACUGGGGCUUAUCAAACGAGUUAUCAGAGGAAACUAUCAACGCUCUGAGAGAGAAUGGGUUUACUAGCAAGAGAGCCAUCUGCACGCUGAAUAGUAAGAAAGUAGAAAGACUUUUUUCCUCCCUGCAGCCUGCCCAAAGACUGCUAUUGCAAGAAGCUGUGCAAGAGUUAAAGGACACCCCAACUAUACCACACAAUGCAGAAGCCACCACGACGGGAAAUUUGCAACAGAAACUGGACUCGGGGGACUCGCUCUCUAUAGCAGAUAUUAUGAGCAUCAUGGGGGAAGCAUUAAAGGCGAGUGAAAAACCAACAACAGCAACACCAAAAAGCAGCUAUGAAAACACCGAAGAUAAACAAUUGGACGGUUUCGCUGAGCAAUUGGACAGGGAGGUAGCCCUACUUAUUGAGCAGAGGUGGGCUCCGGCUACCAAGAGGACAAAUGCUUCCCAUGAGCGCAGCUUCGUUAGUUUUUGUGAAAGAAUCGGCGUGCCGUCAGUACCCGCCAGCAAUAAUACCAUAGCUAGAUACGUCGCAUUCCUAGCCAGGGACAAGUCAUUCAAAACAGUACAGCAGUAUGUUAAUAUCAUCAGAAUUCUGCAUUUGGAUAAGGAAUAUCCCAACCCACUAAAUUCAAACUGGACCAUCACUUCACUGUUGAAAGGCGUCAAAAGAAGUAAAGGCGACACUACGGCCUCAAAAUUACCUCUGCUACCCGCGCACCUACUAAAAAUCCACAGCACGUUAAACUUUUCUCAACCACAAGAUUGUCGCUUCUGGGCCGCACUACUCACAGGGUUUUUCGGUUUGCUUCGCGUGAGCAACUUAACGUGCACUGGACAGGAAGACUGUAAGUCUAUCCGAAGAUGUGACGUAAGAUUCCACAAGUCCGGAACUGUCAUUGAAAAUUAAGAAAUCAAAAACA